GUUGAAAAGCGUUCUUGAAGUUAUCGAGAUGAACAGCAGUGACUCCUGUAAGGUGCAUUACGAUGGCGCCACACGCACCUGGAUGGGGCCGCGGGGCAAGGAGUUCUAUGGGCCUGAAAUGACAAUGGGCGAGAUCACGAUGCGUGUGCUCAAUCUGAAUGCGGAUAAGGUGCUGCAGCAUUGCGACAUAACGGGAGUGGAGCUAACCGGUGCCCAGCUGGCCCAACAGGGUCUAAUCAUUGAGCGCGCCUUCAGGAAGCUGGGACUGCAAUGCGGUGACGUCAUCGGUAUAUCGGCCAAUAAUACCAGCUAUCUGACGGGCGUCACCAUUGCCGCCAUGCUGUGCGGCGCGCCCAUCAAUCCAUUGCAUCCAGAUUUCAAUUAUGCGACCGUUAAGUAUAUGUACGAUAUCACAGAGCCCAAGUUGAUCAUAUGCGAUGUGGAGAACUAUGCGACUAUCAAAGCAGUCAACGAGCAGUUGGUCACACCUGCUCUGGUCUACCUGGUGAACGGUCACAUUGACGGCGUGCCCGACAUCAUCGAACUUUUGCGCGAGAAUCGAGGCAUUGAGCCAGUUGAAUAUGUCCCCUGUCCGAAGCUGAAUGGCGAUCACACUGCAUUCAUUGUGUGCUCCUCGGGCACGACUGGGAUGCCGAAGGGCGUAACCCGCUCCCAUCGGAGUCUCAUCUGCAACUGCAAGAAUCCCAAUUCCUACACGAGAAACACUGUGGUCCUCUCGUUCAGUCCGCUCUACUGGAUCUCUGGAACAUAUAUGUUGCUGGCGUGUUUGCUGAACGGUUGCAAGCGGAUCAUCACAAAUCGACCCUACACCGUGGAAUACAUGUUGGAGGUUGUCUCUCGCCAUAAGGUGACCUUUCUGUUUCUGGCGUCGCAUCAGAUUGCACUGCUCUCCAAAUGCCAGAAUGAUCUGCCAAAGAUCCGAGCACAAUUGCAGUCAGUUCAAGUGUUAAUUGGCGCUGGCUCGAAGGUGUGCAAAGCGGUCUCCCGACGCAUGUACGAGCUAAUUGGCAAAAUGAGAUUCUUAGUGGGUUACGGGCUGUCCGAGGUGGGCGGCUUGAGCAAGAAUCUGGGCGGGCCGCUAGGCAGCGAGGGUAAGGUAAUGCGUAAUGUGGAGCUGCGGGUGCUGGACAAGUUGAGAAUGCCGCUGGGCAUCUGUGAGGUGGGCAUCAUCUAUGUGAGAAUGCGCAACAAAUGGCAGGGCUACUAUCGCAAUCCGGAAGCCACAAACCGUGCCUUGAGCGCCGACGGACAAUGGCUGCGUACCGGUGAUAUUGGGUAUCUGGAUAGCGAGGGUUACAUUUACAUACAGACACGCGACACGGAUGUCUUCAAAUACAACAACUUUCAGAUCUAUCCGGAGCAAAUCGAGGAGUUCGUUCUACGGCUGCCCGGCGUCAGUGAGGCAUGCGUCUUCGGUGUGCCUGACAAGAUCUCCAGCAAUCUGACUGCCUGCGCUGUGGUGCGCACCCCAGAUGCCGAGGGUAAACAGCUGGCAGCGAAUGAUGUUAGGAGCAUUGUGGAACGCUAUCUGAGUUCUGCCUACCACAUACGUGGCGGGGUUUACUUUGUGAAGGAGCUGCCCAAGACCUCCAACGACAAGCUGCAACGUCGGAAGGUGCCUGAAAUGGUCAGAGACUUGGGCAUACCUGGUGAAUAGUAAUAGAAUGUGCACCAUUUCCAAAAUGAUGUUUUUAAAUAUGUUCUAGAUUAUAUUUAUAAUGCUUAUGCUUACUUGCAGAUCAAUUGCAUAUAAUGAUAAUUGUAUGUAUUUGAAGAUCGGUUGCAAUCAAAAAACAGAUCUAUGUAAAACAACUUCUUAGUAAAUGCAAAGAUCAACUGAUCAACUAACAAACUGCUUCUGUUCACAAAGUAUGUCAUUCACUUCCAUUUAAUUAAUUAAUACCACAUAAAACAUAUAUUGUUUUUCAAUUGCACAAUAGAUGAAUUUAAGACAGGAAAAUAAACUGAUCGGUGUCUAGGAUAU